AGACCGGGAAGUUUUAGGCGCCAUGCUGAGAAGAUUCUGUACCUAGUACAAAGUACAGCCGGAAUAACUCCCCUUCAGUGUAACGUACAGGCUUCUGUAUCUGUAUCUGUUAAUUAGUAACUGUUGUAAUCACCCAUCGGUGUAACACACCGGCUUCGCAGGUACGCAGCACCACAGCAGUCUCUAGCAUGACAAGGAAGUAUCUGUCCCACCUAACAUUUGCCCGUCCGACCCCAGAUGUACCUAUCUCGUGAGAACGCCCCUCCUGUACUUGGCACGUGUUCCCAAGAUGAACGUGAACGUGACCGUCCCUGUGGUUCUGUUCCUCCUGCUGUGCCUGAACACCUUUCGUCCGGCAAGGAGCGCAUGUACAUAUCAGCUCGGUCGCCUGUACCUGCGCGGCCAAAUUAUGAGCCAGACGGAUGUGACGUCAGACCACUGCGAGUGGGACAUCACGACUCUUCUACACAGGAUCAUUUUGAUCAAUUUCGACACUUUAGGUUACCGGCGCGGUUCGGAAAACUGCACCGCCGACGUUCUGACGUUUCACGACGGAAACUCUGCAACUAGCAGGACUAUCGACUCGUUCUGUGGAGACCAGACACCAUCGACUAACUCCGACGACGUCUGGCGUUUGUUAGACCUGUCCACGGCCAGUACCGGCCAUCAGAUGUAUGUCGUCUACAACCGUAAUCCUCUGGCUCAACACAGACCUGAGUUCAACAUUACAUUCACCACAAGAGACAAUAACGACGUCCCAGAGUUCAAUGAGGAAACUUUCCUCCCACAAACAACACCAGUUUUCAACCACACCACAGCUGAGGAUUUUGUGCAAGUUGAGUUUGAACUCGAUCUAACACCAAAUGAUCCGUUUUACUUCCCAUACGGCUACAAAACCAACUUCGGCAACAGGAACGGUGUAAUGAACGCGAAAUGCUAUCCACAUAUAUAA